AAACUAUUAUAAUAAUAUACAUAUACAUAUACAUAUAUACACUCCUACUCACACUCACCCACACUCACUCUCUUUCCUUGCCCACCGACUCCACCUUUCUCUCUCUUUCUCUCUCUCCUCUCCUCAAUACCAUCAACUCACUCUUCCUCAUGGCAGACAGUCCGCACUCAAACACCUUUCUAAAGAGCUUGUCUCAGAAAAAAUAUGCGUGGAUGCAGACUCCUUCGGCUACAUUCACUCAACCACGCACAGAUUCCUUGAAACCUGAACCCCGGAAACUAAAAGAAGAUACUCGACCAGCAAAGAAAGCUCGUCAAGCAAAACGACAUGGAUCCCUCGAUCAAGAUAUGAAGAUUGUCAUCAAAUCAGAACCAAUAACCAAAAGACAAACCUCGUCUUCUGCCAUAUCACCUCUCUACAGUCCUACAACACCUCCCUCCGCUUAUUCUUCUGUAUUUACUACGUCUAACAACAACAACAACAACAACAACAAUAAUAAUAAUGCUACUACUGGUGGUAGUAGCUCUAGCCUCCCUCCUCAUUCUUCUCUACACGACGAUUUAUUACCACCAAAGUCUCCUACUUUCACAAAGUCUGAAGAACUAGACAAUGAAGCAGACAAAGUACCACAGCCUCAUUUCAAAUACACCACCUUUCCUGUCAAAGGAUUCAACAUCCUUCCAACGCGUAAUAUCACCAGUACCUUUGUCAAAUCAGAUGUGACUUAUUUUCCCGGUAACAAGGCUGGAUCAGAAGCCAUUAUGCCCGAUGCAAAGGAAGAAUGGGCUGACACGAUCGUAAUUCAUCCUGGAUCACGUAAUUUGCGCAUCGGCCUCGCAUCAGAAGCGUUUCCAAAAACAGUACCUCACGUUAUUGCCAGACAUAUUGCACAACCAAUUCCAGAAAUUCCUGACGAAGAAGUCGAUGAAGAAAACGAAGAAGCUAUAGAAGAAAUCAAGGGCGAACUCAAGUGGAGAAUGAAGAGUGCAAAGCGAAGAGCAGUACCCAAUGCAGAGGGACAAGUGGUUGGAUUCAACACACAGGCGUACCAGGAAUUAAUUCCAGAUCACAAUGAUCCUUACAAAGUCGAGUGGACUGAAAUCAAUCCUGCUAAGAAACCUGACCAUUUUGUAGGCGAAAAGGCACUCAAUUUGCCUAUUGCUGAGAACUCUGACUACAAAUUGUUCUAUCCCUGGAAGCAUGGAACAUUCAACAACCAGGAUUACACUUCACUCCAAGCCGUCAUGGGUGAUCUGCAAACCAUCUGGACUGAUACUAUUAAUACAGAACUUGAGAUUGAAGGGAAACAAUUCGAGGAAUAUAAUGCAGUUUUGGUAAUUCCUGAUAUUUUCCCAAGAUCAUAUAUAUGUGACCUUGUUACAGUGUUACUUCGUUAUAUGAAGUUUAGAGGUGUAUUGGUUCAACAGGAAUCUACAUCCGCUACAUUCGGUGCAGGUGUUUCGACUGCUUGUGUAGUUGAUAUUGGUGCUCAAAAGACAAACAUUGCGUGUAUUGAAGAUGGUGUAUGUUUUGUGGAAUCUCGAGCGAUGAUUUCUAUGGGAGGAGAUGAUAUUACAAAGACAUUCAUGUCUUUCCUUCUUGUCAACCGAUUUCCUUAUGCCGACAUAAACCUGAAGCGGUCUCACGACUGGCGCCUGGCAGAAGAUCUCAAGAAGAGAUGGUGUACGAUGAAUGAGGCUGAUAUCAGUAUCCAGGUCUAUGAUUUUUUUGUCCGUGCACCUCACAAGCCCACCAAGAAAUACCAAUGCAAGGUUUACGAUGAAGUGUUUUUGGCUCCUCUUUGCUUGUUCUUUCCCGCGGUCCUCAAUGACAAGGAAAAGACGGCUCGAAAGACAAAGUGGAUCAGCUCAAAUGUAGUAGAAGAUAUUGGAGACGAAUUCCAGGCAUCGCAAGUACCCGGCGGUGGUAGUGGUAGUGGUAAUGGUAGUGGAACCUCCAAUUCGGUAGCUCCUCCUUCUACCCCUCAAGGACAACGUGCCAAACCAUGGACUAGUAAUAAUAGUAAUAGUAAUAGUAAUGGAAAUGGAAAUGGAAAUGGAAAUGGAAAUGGUGGUACUACCAAUGGUUUACCUGGUCCUUCACCUAAGCAUACAUCUAUAUCUACGCCUACGCCUGCAUCUGCAUCUGCGUCUGCGUCUGCACCAACACCCAAUGGUUCAGAAACUCCUAUAUUGGGUCCUACCGUCGUGACCUCAAAAGACCAAGAGCAUGUAGUAUUCCCACUUGAUGUGGCUAUUGCGCAGUCUAUCCAAGGUGCAUCUGGUGCAUCCGAGGAACGCCUCAAGCGUUUCUUUACAAACAUUAUUUUGGUGGGUGGUGGUGGAAUGAUAGGCAAUUUCAACCGAGUACUUGAGGAUCGUGUUUUGUCGACUUCGAUUGCCCAGUCUUUGUAUAUUGAAAAGGUUGAGGUUUUGCCUGCUCCACGUGAGCUUGACCCACGUCUACUAGUAUGGAAGGGUGCAUCAGUACUAAGCAAACUUGAAAUUGCGAAAGAAAUGUGGAUUGGAUUAGAGGAGUGGGAUCAAGUUGGUGCAAGGUGCUUAAAGGAUCGUACUCUCUUUACCUAAAAAAAUAUAUCUCUCUCUCUCUUUACUUACUUACACACCCAUCCACAUACAUACAUAUCCUCUCUUUUCUCUCUAACUAUUUUUCACCAACCAACCCGACUCACUAGCACUUUAUAUAUAUAUUAUAUGUUUUGCAUUAUGUUUGAUUAUUGAAUUCAAUAAUAUAUAUAUUUAUAUAAAUCAAUUAAAUUCUUUCUUUGAUAAAAGAGAGUACAGUUUGGCAAAGAUAAGGUUGAGAAUCGAGCUGAGUCACCGAAUGAUCUGCACCAGACACAAUGUCUGAAGACACAAGCGGAGAAAAUGAUGCGAAUCGCUUCAGCAAGUCUCUUUGACUGAUCCUAGUAGGUUUGUAGAAUUCGUCGCAUUCUGAUCCCAAUAGAAGCAUAGGACGGUCGACAUCUUUGUAAAGGUUGGAUAGAAAUUCGUCUGAUAAAUCUGAAGAGAACAUAUCAUCAUCUCCUCCGACAGCAAAGAGAGAGAAGAAUCGACUGGCAGUCAUGGGCACUCCAAUCUCAUGUGGCAUCCAAGCUUCUCCUUUAC